AUGGUUAGGGCGGAUGCUGCGGUUACGGUAAAGGUACUUCAAGAAGCGACAGAAGCUGAUUACGGUUUCAGGCCUAGUUACAGGAAGGUCUGGUUGGCUAAGCAGAAGGCUGUGGCAGAGAUAUAUGGAGAUUGGGAAGAGUCUUACGCGGAACUGCCCCGUUGGAUGCUAGGGAUCCAGGCAACAAUGCCGGGAACAAUCACGGUGCUGAAGACGUCUCCGGUUCAGGUUGGUGGUGCUGUUGAUGAGUCGAGGGUGUACUUUCACCGACUUUUCUGGACAUUUCCACCCUGUAUCGAGGCUUUCCGGCAUUGCAAGCCACUCGUCAGUAUUGAUGGUACCCACUUGUAUGGGAAGUAUGGAGGGACGCUCCUGUUGGCUAUAGCUCAGGACGGAAACUCGAACAUCCUCCCGAUAGCAUUCGCCCUUGAGGGUAUCCUAGUUAUCUCAGACAGGCAUAAUGGGAUCAAGGCGGCCCUUGAGGCACCUGAGAAUGGAUGGCUGCCUCCUCGUGCAUUCCGGGCCUACUGUAUAAGGCAUGUGGCCGCCAAUUUCGCCCUAACGUUCAAAGGUAAGGACUCAAGGAGGUUACUGGUCAAUGCUGCCUAUGCCAAGACUGAGGGUGAGUUUUACUACUGGUUCGACAUCAUGCGGACUGAGAAUCCAGCAAUGUGUGACUGGGCCAACCGUAUGGAGUAUGACAAAUGGACCCAACAUGAGGAUGCUGGUCGACGGUUCGGGCACAUGACCACAAACAUCAGUGAAUGUGUGAACUCCGUGCUAAAGGGAACUCGCAACCUCCCUGUCACAUCAUUGGUUAAGUCAACCUACGGGAGGCUUGCUCAGCUAUUUGUAGUCCGGGGACAGACAGCAGAGGCACAACUCGGAGCCGGCCAUGAAUUCUGUCAGGCAUUGGUCAAGGCUAUUGAUCGGAACCUUAGAGACUCCAGGUGCUUUACUGUGACAUUAUACGACAGGCAUCAACUAGAGUACACCGUGGCUGAGACAACACCAACGGGGACGUUCUCUCUUGGUAGCUAUAGAGUUUCCCUUAAAGAUCACCGAUGCGACUGUGGGCACUUCCAGGCGCUGCAUUAUCCAUGUUGCCACGCCAUUGCCUGUUGCGCCUACUCCCGGCUAAACUGGGCGUCAUAUGUUCAUGAGGUGUAUCGUAUGACUGAGGUGUUCAACGUUUACAAUCAUGGGUUUCUCCCACCUAUUCCUGAAGGCCUGUGGCCUCCAUAUGGUGGCCCAACCAUUAUUCCUGACCCUAAUCUGCGGCGUGCAAAGGAAGGUCGUCCAAAGUCAACCAGGAUCCGAGGAAGCAUGGAUCAGUCUCAACAGAAUCAGCCGAAGCGUUGUGGGUUAUGCCGUCAGCCUGGGCAUACGCGAAGGAACUGUCAGCAGCGAUCACAAACUGGUGGAGGGGAUGCUUAG